AUGCUUUUAAAUUUUGUUUUGUAUGUAUUCGUUCCUGUUUUUGCUUGUGCUGGGUGUCUGCAUUCUUGUAAAUAAUCUCAUAUCUGCAACCAGAAAUUCCUGAAGAAGGAAAAUACGCCUCGACUUGUCUCGAGCGGUUGUUUCAAACAUAUUGGUUUGUUUUUUUUUUUGGCAUUGUGGGCAGGUGUAAUUUUACGCAGUUGAUUUUGUGCUUUGUUAUUCAAAUUCAAGGAAGCCUCUUUUAUAAAUUAAUUUUUACAGUUUCAAUGAUGAAAACUUCAACGAGUCUUUUCGUCUUCUAAAUUAAAAAUUUAGUUUUUCAUGUAUACAGUGAAUUUUAAAAGCAACGAACGGUUAGUGAAAAUUAAUACUAAAACAGAGGUUUUUGCAUUGUAUUGCAACCACCUUGGCAAAGUCUGGUGAAUUUUAUUAUUUAUAUGGUUUGGCGAAUUUUACAAAAGAAAAAGAACAGCUACUUUUUAUGUAAAAGAAAAUGCCAUCUAAACCAUGUACAUAUCCUGCUUUGGAAGGGUUGUAUGUACUACACCAAACAUUAGGCACAGGUGGUUUUGCAAAAGUAAAGCUUGCAACACAUGCCUUAACUGGAGAAAAAGUUGCAAUAAAGAUUAUGGAUAAAGCUGCUUUGGGGGAUGAUCUUCCACGAGUGCAGGUAGAAAUUGAAGCAAUGCAAGAAUUGAAUCAUCCAAAUAUAUGCAAACUCUAUCAAGUUAUAGAAACUGAGAAAAUGUUCUUUUUAAUCUUGGAGCUAGAGAGACUUAAAAUAAUAAAAAACAAUUUAUCACCUCUGAUACUACAGUGGCUUAUUGGAACCUUAAAGUAUAUUAACUGGGUUGCUACUCUAGAACUCUAUAUGAAGCUAUGGCACUAA